AUGCCGAACCCUCCCUGGAUACAGCCUCGUCUCUUCUGCGGCGACCUCUACGGGGGCGAAGAAAAACCGAGAAAGUCAUUGCCUAAGCCAGGCGAUUCUACCGGUACAAAUGUAGUAGUUGAAAUGUUCUGGAAUUACCAGAGCAUCCUCGCAGCCGCUUGGGGGGUUCACUCGAGCUUACCAAGAGUGUCUAUGCAGGUGACGGAGAUUGCGAAUGAGCUGGCGAAAGUGGGCAUCAAGGUUGAGGACCGGACGGUCCAGCGGGUGCUACGGGGUCGCUACGCGAACGGGAAUGUCGAAAGGGCGCUGCAAUUGCUCGUAAUGAUUGAGGACUCCAACGACGGCAUCGUCUCUAGGGUCAGGGACGACGUGAAGAUUCUGGGCGCGGAGAAUCAUGGCGGGGUCACUUGUUAUCUGGAUACGCUGCUGUUUGCCAUGUUUGCCAGGCUGGACGCUUUUGAGGCUAUGCUAUAUAAUGUGUUUGACGAAGAUGACGAGAAGCGAAGAAAGCUCGCAGCGCUCUUGCGACUGUUUGUGAACCUGCUGCGCUCGGGACAUUUGGUUACCACGGAUAUAAUCAGCCAGAUACAGCACUCCAUUGCGGAGUGUGGUUGGGAGGAAGCUUCGUCACCUCAGCAGCAAGACCCUUCGGAGGUUUUUACUUUCAUCACCGAUACACUUCAGCUGCCCUUGUUGACGGUAAAAGUUGAUAUUGCCCACGGGGGCAAGGAGAUAGUUGAGGAUGACCACAAGUUCAUAUCUGAGAGGCUCUUGAAUGUAGCUCUGCCCGAUGAAGGUGCUGAUCCUAGAGAUCCGAUACCUCUAGAGGCCUGUCUUGAAGAAUAUUUUAACGGACGUGUGGACGUUAGGCGUCAACUAGAGCGUAGAGCAACCGCUGAUACGGUGCAUUCACACGAUGUGGAGAAGGGUUCGGCACUUCAUAUCGAGACUGUGGACUUAGGUAGUUCACCGAAUACACCUGCAGCUACCCCGAUAUCCUCACAACCUCCUCCCCUCGCUUCCGCUCCUUCUGUCCUUGGGCCUUUAGCGGCGGGAAAACCUUUGCUUGUGAGGACGGUUAAAGUUGAGGGCGAAAUUGAGAGCGAGGAUGGCAAACUUAAGAAGUCUACCACCUUACGGAGGGAGAUGCUGCUGCCCGCCUGGUGCUUCUUUAGUGUCUUACCUUUCUACACCGAUACCUUACCUACCCCCGCACCAAAGACCUUUGCAGAGCACUUUUCGGCAAAGCGACCUGUGUUGGGGCUAUGCCUGAAACGGUAUUCUUGGAAUACGACCGGUGGGGCGCGAAGGGACCAUCGGCGAGUGGACAUCCCAUUGCAAAUUGCGUUGCCUACCUUUGUGGCUGACGAUGAGAUGGGCGGAGACGAUGAUGGCCCGCUAUACGGGAACUUCAAAUUAGUACUCCAAUCGGCCGUGUGCCAUCGUGGGAAUUCAGUUCAUAGCGGCCAUUACAUUGCCCUGAUAAGAGGAGAGGAUAAUAAGUGGCUGCGUUUUGACGAUUUAGCAUACGCGAACAGGGUCUCCGAGAUAGAACCCGAAAGGGCAUUCGAGGAAGAGAGCCCUUAUCUACUAUUUUACCAGGUUCAGCCUAUAGAGGAUGACACUAGCGCUACAACACCUAGCGUAGCCUCAACAAUGGACUACCCUCAGGAAAAAAGAUGGUCAAUGAUAUCUGGCGCAUCCGAGGGCUCUUGCGCGCCAGACUUGGAAGUCAACGGGAGUUCCGCCGAGUUUAAUGGCGACGAGCCACCAACAUUCAAUGACCCACCGGUUUACGAGAAGCACGACAGGCUAGAACACAGCUCAUCACCACCUCCACCAUACAUCGUCGAGAGCAAAACCUCCCAACCAUCCCCAACAAGGUCCUCCCCGACAACGCCCGUCCCAACAGUGCCCUACAGAUCCCUCCUAGAUCCAGAAGCAGGUCUCCGACCGACCUCCCGUUCCAACAACCGCCCGGGCUCCAAAGACGGCGCCCCCGUGGCCCGCUCCUCCAGCCGUCGCUCGAAAAGCGAAGUGUCGGAUAAACGCUCGAGCUGGGCAUCGGUCCUAAUGACCAGGGCCAGAAGCCAGGACAAAGAAAAGGGCCGUAAAAGUUCGGAAUGGGCGAGAAUCGGAACGCCGGCUUGGUUGGGCGAAGGUGGGACUAAGGGGGAGAGAAGGGAGUCUGAGUCGUCGUCGUCGUUGGGAGAAGCGGCAGUGGUGGUAGAUGGGGAUGAGAGGGAUAGUGUGAAGAGUAAGGGGAAAGAACAGGGAUUGAGAGAGGCUGUGUUUAAGGCUAUGGAGAAGAAGGGGUCAAAGGAAGGGAGAGAAAAGGAGAAGGAGAAAGGCAAAGGCAAGGAUAAGGGCAAAGGCAAGGAGGCGGUGAGGAGGAAGGGGAGUAAAGAUAAGGAUUUGAGGGAGUGUAUCAUUCAGUGA